AUAUUUUAUAAAAAUAUUGGGAAAAUGUAGAUAAUCAUCGCAUCAUGCACGGGGGGACUUCCUUAAAAUUAUGCCGAUCAAACAUCAUAUAAGCGUACAUGCAGUUUACUCCGGUUUAUAAAGUAUGUUGUGUAUCAGCUAAUUAUUAAAGUUCUUCGUUAAGUCACUUGGCAUUUACGUAUAUAUGUACAUAACCAUAACAAUCCAUCGCAAAUAUGGGAGGCCAUCACAGCAGCACCGCAGCUCCGCGAUCCACCACUCCGCUAAUCCGCAUCCGGCGCAAUUCCGACGACAGCCUGUCCAGUUCCAACAGCUCGUGGCGACUGGCCUCCGAGCACUCCACCAGUCGGUCUCUGGUGGCGGAACCCGUGCAGGUGGAGAUGAAUGAUUCGAUGAAUUUGCAGCGCUCCUUCAGUUUUCACGGCUCAUCGGGCUUGCGCGGUCGCUAUCUGUCGGAAGUGAAGCCCCACCUCUACCGGCAUCCGGAGGAUGACUGGGAGAUUGAGUCGCUCAAUCUCAGCCGAUUGACCGGGCAACAGCGCAAGACCAUCUACUGUUUGUGGGCAGCCAAGUUAACUUAUUAUAUAACCUUCGGGAUACAACCGCUGGCCUUACCGGCUAUUGUGGAAGCAAAUACCUUGCUAUCAUCUGCAACGGGAACCCUGUUCGCCACCUGGGCACUGGGAGUAAUAGCUUUUUGGCCCGUUUGGAGACGCUGUGUUAACAGAACGGGAACCAAAAGCGUUUUGAUCAUUGGAAUGUUUCUGAACGGGCUUUCGUUUUUGCUGUUUGGAUGUUUACAUUUUGAAGAAAGUUGGAGCCGCUUUAUAGUUAUGGCGUAUAUCUUUAAGUUGAUCGAAGGCGCCGGAUUUGCCGCGCUGGAGUUGGCCAUCAUAACGAAGACGCUCUUGGAAUUCCCCCGACAUGAAUCUGGAGCAUAUGGAAGUGUUCAAACGUGCAUUGGAAUCGGCGUCACGAUUGGUGCAGCAAUUGGUGGUUUUCUGUAUUCGAUAGCAGAUGUUGCAUCAACCUUUCUGCUCUUGGGUGUGCUCUUCUUUUUGGUGGGACUGGUUAUUUUAUGCGUCAUGGAUACACGUCCAUACAUAAAUCCCGUUAUACAAGAAUCGCGAAAGAAAAAGCGCCGAUUCCUUCAACAGGUGUCUGUGCACUCUGCCAUUCUCAUGUAUUUUUUUGGAAUCUUUUCCCUCGGCGCACUGCUUUCCACACUGGAACCGCAUAUCAGCGCAGUGUAUGAUUUAAAUUUCACGGUGGAGGGCAUACUUUUAGCCGUUAUUCCGCUGGGAUUCGCCUUCGGAAUGGCGUUUUGGCAGUGGCUGAUCACGCACGACUACGUGUGCGGUCUGGACUGCGUUAACAUCUUUGGUGUAUUGGUUAUGGGGUUGACCUUUCUCUUUUUGGGACCAUGUGAAGUUUUCAAACUGCCCAAUAAUUUAUUGUGGCUGAAUGUGAUUUGUUUCCUUGUGAUCGGCGGCUGUAUAAGUAUGGUCGUCACAGCCAGCCUCAACACUCUCUUGGAAACCGCAGAACUGAAGAAAAUGAACAAACUUGCCGCAUACUCCACAAUCUCAACUAUUAUGAUCAUCAUAUUGUGCCUCGGCGUUGCAAUGGGAUCCUGUAUCGGCGGCUACAUCAACCAGAUAAAAGGCUUCGAGUACACCACAACCGUGUUUGCGGUGAUCCUCUUCAUCGUCGGUGUACUGGACGCCAUCUACGCUUUGGUCAAAACCGCCAUCAAACUGCAUAAAUACAAUCAACUUCAAGCGGAAAUUCAAGCCCAACACCGCAUGCUGACACGGCACGGCCACACGAACCGUGUGGCCCUCAUGGGCGUCGCCCAGCUGGGCCCCGUCAAGGGCAUGAGCCGCCAGGCAUCCAAAAUCGCUCCCAAUUACAGCGACCGACAAGCACUACUCGACUCCACUGGACGUCCAAAAGGCCGCUCAUAUGGGACGUAUUUGUAAAUCAACACAAGCACGUGUUUUAAUCGUAAACACAAGUUUUCAAAUGGGAAUUUUUUUAUCACUUCAUACGAAACCAAAGAAAGAGAGCGUCGGCAUUUCAAAAGAAAACGCAUUUCAACAACGCUUCCCAGCCAGCACUCCCAAAAAUGGUUCUAUGCAGAUCAACAUAACGUAGGUCAAGCAAAAUGCUAACAUCCGCAAACAUAAGGACAGUAGUAAUCUUAUAACCUUCAAGUGCGAAAUGCGCACGAUGCCAUAGCAUAACAAAGGAUACCGUUAUAUUAUUUUUCCUUAAAGCCAUAAAACGUUUAAACUAUAACUAACGGCUGUUAUAGUUAAUGGGAUUUAAAUCCCUGGUACUAUUUGUUCCGGCGAUAUGGCAAAGAUGCAACGGGAAAUUCUCCCAAAUCGAUGUCGAUACCUGCAAACAAAUAAUAAAUAACA